GGGGCCGAGGCCGCGGGGCGCUGAUGCCGCAGGGAGCGGCUGACAGGGCAGCGGAGCAGCCUCAGCCUCAGCCUCAGCAGCGGCGGCCGCCCAGGAGGCGGCGGCGCCGGCCACCGGUCCUGCUGUCCAUCCCGGACGGGACUCCGGACCCGCUGCCCAUCCCGGACGGGAGUCCGGUCCCGCUGCCCAUCCCGGACGGGACUCCGGCCCCGCUGCCCAUCCCGGACGGGACUCCGGACCCGCUGCCCAUCCCGGACGGGAGUCCGGUCCCGCUAUCCAUCCCGGACGGGAGUCCGGCCCCGCUGCCCAUCCCGGACGGGACUCCGGCCCCGCUGCCCAUCCCGGACGGGAGUCCGGUCCCGCUGUCCAUCCCGGACGGGAGUCCGGUCCCGCUAUCCAUCCCGGCCGGGACUCCGGCCCCGCUGUCCAUCCCGGCCGGGAGUCCGGCCCCGCUGCCCGUCCCGGCCGGGAGUCUGUCCGGCCCCGCUGUCCGGUGGUUGGGCGGCGGGGGCGGCGGGGAGGACCGGAGCCGCUGGAGCCCCCCCGGAGCCCCGCGGCGCCGCCCGCUGCAGCUCGCCGCCUCCCAUGUCCAGGCCGGGACCCCGGCCCCGGAGCAGUGACCUGACCUCGGGCUAGGACCCGCCGCCCGCCGCCCUCCUCAGCGAUGCAUUCAGUGCUCAGCGCCUGCACUUGCCUGUGUUUACAUUUCCUCCUGCUGCUGCUGC